AUGAGACCUGCGUCAUGGCUUGCUGCCGGCCUGUUUGGUGCCUUCAGUCUCGUUCGCGGCGCACACGCAGUCAACCUGUUCGAAGCGCAUUCUCUCAGCCAGUGUUCGGAUGACAACACCGUCUCGGUCAACCGAUUCGACAUCGUUUUCACCCCAAAUAAUAACAGCGUGGUCCUCGGAUUCACCGGAUCAUUCACCGAAUCGAGCUCUCAGAAUGUCGUGAUCGAUGUGGAACUCUUGGUCUACGGAUAUUUAGCAAAAACCCUGACUCUCGACCCAUGCGCCUCUCCAACUAUCAGUUUCCUUUGUCCGAUGAAAUCCGCUUCUCUCAAUAUCAAACAGACGGAUUUGACAAUCGACAGCGAUGCGUUAUCCAUUAUACCGAAAAUCGCCUAUACCGUUCCCGACCUCGAUGCCGUGGUCCGCUUGAAGCUUAGAGACGCCACUACCAACCAACAGGUCACCUGCGUCGAGACCCGAGUCUACAAUGGCAGGACGGUCGACCAGAAGGCCGUGGCCUGGGUUCUUGCAGUGAUCACCGGCCUGGGCAUGCUGGCCACCGUGGUCGUUUCGAUUAUCGGAUACUCCAACAUUGCCACCCACAUGGCUUUCAGGACUCUACUUUUCUUGGGAUAUAUGCAGAGCAUGGCGAUGGUGGGGAUGACUUCAGUGAACCAGCCCCCAAUCGUCCAAUCUUGGACUCAAUUGUUCCAGUGGACGAUGGGUAUCAUCCACGUGGGAUUCCUGCAAACCAUUUGCACCUGGUUUCAACGCGCAACAGGAGGCACGCCUUCGGACAUUCUCACUGAAGUAGCUGCUGAUCACAUCUCGGUGGUUUCCAAGCGAUCCGUGGGCUCUCUCCUCAAACGAUCCUCCUUCACUACAAGCGGUGGACAGGAACUCACUGUGCGAGGCAUCGAGCGCGUGGCCUAUCGUGCAGAUAUCACCCCUACCAACGUUUUCAUGACCGGCUAUCUCUUCUUCUACUUCAUCGCCGUCGUCUUGGUCAUCUGCAUCGUGUUGCUCACAUGCUCCUUGCCGCGUAUCUCCAAGAAGGUGGACAACCCCAAGUUGGAUCGCGCCAUCAGCGCUACCGCCCAGUGGAGAGACUACAUGCGAGGAGGUCUCUAUCGCGUGACAUCGCUUGGAUACCCACAGAUGUGCGUUCUUUGCAUGUGGGAGCUCUAUCACCACGACUCUGCCGCUGAGAUUGUUUUGGCCAUCUGCUUGUGGCUAGUGAUGAGUAGCAUUCUAGGUUAUGCGACAUUCAAGGUAUGGCAGCGUGCUCGAGCCGCGAGGGCUUUGAAGCAAUAUCCAGCAUACGCUCUCUACUCCGACCCCACGUGCCUCACCAAGUGGGGGUUCAUCUACACCAACUACAAAGCAACGAGCUACUACUUCAUCUUCCCGCUCCUUGCAUACACCAUCGUGAAAGGCAUGGUCAUCGCUUUCGCCCAGGGUAAUCCCCUGGCCCAAGCCAUCGUGCUUAUGAUUGUCGAAGCCGCAUUCAUGAUCGUAACGAUCGUGCUCAGACCAUACAUGGACCGACCCGCCAACGGGUUCAGCAUCACGGUCACAGUCCUCAACUUCAUCAACACCAUCUUCAUCCUCGUCUUCACCGACGUUUUCAACCAACCCGCCCUAAUGACAGGCAUCAUGGGCGUUUUGUUCUUCUUGUACAAUGCGGUCUUCAUGUUAGCACUAUUGAUCUUCCUCCUGAUCGGCUUCUACUACGUCAUCGUUCUCAAAGAGCCAAGAGCGAAAUACCAGCCCCUCUCUGACAAUCGCGACUCCUUCCGAGUGUCCGAAAACCGCUUGACGACCGAGCUCUCCCCACUAGAGAAGGCCGCUCAAAUCAGUGAACCGAGCACGGAACAUAACUCUCGCGAGGAUAUCAUCGAAACACCACCUCCCACCCAUCCCAACGGCGAGUUCAACCGGCCCCCGCGAUCACCCUUCACCGACCCCGUGGAGCCGACAUUGCCCCUGAUCCCAACCCGUUCCAACAUCUCUCAGCGAUCUGGGAGAUCCGGGACAUCAGGAACCGGCAAUGCCAAAUUCGCACCAGACCGGAUCGGCCAUCAUGCUUGA